AUGGCGACUCAAUCAGGUUCGGCAAGCAAUCAUGCUCCUCAGCCCAGCCUUGUCCUCCCUACCAGCAAGCAGUCCAAGUACUCUACAGAAAUAUCUCAAAUGCUUUUUGUAUUUGGAGAGGCGAAAAAUCCAGACAAGCAAACUGUAAGAUAUAUUGAAGAUGCUGUUUGGUGUCAAGUCGCUGAAUUGAUAUGUGCAGAACGUGGAUUGGCUCAGAAACAAGGGCUGAGAAUCCCGACCACAGAAGAUUUGAUAUUUUGGAUCCGACAUGACUGA